AUUGAACAAUUAUCAUGUGGUUCUCUCUCUCUGAAUUAAACAAGGAAGUGAUUAGGCUCAUGGUAUACUGCAGCUCCAACCUAAGUAACCGGUGAAUGGCAAUGAGCAGCAGUUUGUCCACCGGCUCAGGCCAUAUAAAAACAUUUCCCCGUCCAUGGCACCAGUAGCCUUGGAGCUGUUUCCAUUCACUGACCGAGGAGGCGCUUUCAGCCACAUGGAGGAGGACUUGGCUGCGCUCGGCUCGGGACAUACAUUCCGGUCAGACUUCGCUAUCUAAAAGGGAAUGUAAAACAGGAGCUGGCAGCAGCGGUCGCAAAUCGCAGACAGAGCAGAGCUGCACUUGACUCUUUGGCUCCAUGGCUCAGCGCUCAGCUCACCCUGCCGCCCCCAUCGCGCUGCUGCUUUUUGGACUUGUUGCCAUCCUGCUCCUGACUAUCCCCACCGAGGACGUCCAGGAGCCACCGGGGUUCAUGUAUGGGAUUGUCUUGGAUGCUGGAUCUUCGCACACAGCUUUGUAUAUCUACAAGUGGCCAGCAGAUAAGCAAAAUGGCACAGGCGUGGUCACUCAGCACAGUGAAUGUCAUGUUAAGGGUGGAGGGAUCUCCAGCUAUGCAGGAAAACAGGGAGCAGCAGGGCAGAGCUUAGAGACAUGUCUGGACCAGGCAGUGAAGGACAUCCCUAAAGAAAGACACCAGCUCACACCUGUGUACCUGGGAGCCACAGCUGGCAUGAGGCUUCUGCACAUCUCAAGCCCAGAGCUGGCAGCUCAGAUUCUGCAGGAAGUGGGCCACAAAAUCCAGUCCUACCCUUUCAGCUACCAGGGGGCGGCCAUACUGAGCGGUCAGGAGGAGGGGGCGUAUGGCUGGGUCACCGUCAACUAUCUCUUGGAGAACUUUAUAAAGUAUGGUUUUGUGGGGCGCUGGUUCAGCCCCGGCAGGCCCACAGUGGGAGCGCUUGAUUUAGGCGGGGCAUCCACCCAGAUAACAUUUGCUACUCAGGAGGAAGUAGAAGACGAACACGACAUGAUGAAGCUGCAUCUUUAUGGGCAGAAAUACUCUCUGUACACACACAGCUUCCUGUGCUACGGCCAGGACCAGGUCCUCAAGAGGCUGCUGGCGCAUAUAGUGAAGUCUCAGGGCUACUCUGAGUCAGUCACUCACCCCUGCUAUCCUGCAGGCCACAAUCGAACUUUAAAGUUGAACAGUAUAUUCAAUUCUCCGUGUACAGCGGAGUACAAACCCAGCUCCUACAACUCCCAGGCCUCCCUGACAGUACAAGGCAGCGGACAUUAUGAACACUGUCUGAGCAACGUGUCUGAGAUCUUCUCCUUCGACAGCUGCCCUUUCUCCCAGUGCUCCUUUGAUAAAGUCUUCCAGCCCAAUGUCAGUGGCAGCUUCAUGGCGUUCUCUGCAUUCUUUUACGUUCACUCCUUCCUGCAGCACACCACCGGUAUCACAGUGAAAACUCCUUCACAACUGGAGGAAGCAGCCCAAACUGUGUGCACGAUGACUUUCAACCAACUGCUGCUUCUGGCUCCACAGCAAAAGUCUCGUUUGCAGGACUACUGUGCUUCCUCUGUGUUUGUUAAGAUUCUCAUGUUGAGAGGAUACAGCUUCGAUGAGACGUCGUUCCCACGCAUUUCCUUCCAGAAGAAGGCAGGGGACGCCUCGGUGGGUUGGGCUCUGGGCUACAUGCUGAGUUUGAGCAGUUUGCUGCCGGCAGAGACGGUGGGGCUGAGGAAGGCCCUGACCCCGGGGGCGUGGGGAACACUUCUCUUUCUCUUUGUCCUCCAGCUUGCAGCGGUCCUGGUCUUCAUAUUACUCCGAGCUUGUGCUGGGAAGAAGAAGAAAGGAGGCAGUGAAAGCACCAUCUAGAUACUGUAACAAACAUACAGUGCAGUCAGAAAACAGUAAGAGGUUUUUGUUUGUGUUGGCUCUAUACUGUGAUUGAAGGAUUUGACUAAAAUUGCAUAAUUAGAAUCACAGUUAUGUGAUUAUCCUAAAAUUGUAGGACUGUAUAAAAACGACUUUAAUGUAAGUCUUUUUUUAAAUUUCAAAUCAAAUGUACUGGAGUACAGAGCCAACACAAUGAAACUGUGUCACUGACCAAGAAGAACGUAGGACUCCCCUGGUCCCCUGGUGGCACUGGCACCACAGGGGAGGUAUCAAUGUCAUUUUUAUUCUUGAAAAGUCCAACCAUUUUUUUAAUGUAUGGAAUGUAAAAAAUGUAAAAGCUUUUGGGUUUGUUUUUUUUGUAGAAAAUGUGACUGUUUUCUUAAGCACUGUUACAGUAAUAUGAAAUAUGUAAUCAGCACAUUAUAUAUAUAUAUAUAUAUAUAUAUUCAAAGAUGUUUUUUAGGUGGCAAUUUUAUUCUUCCCAGGUUAGCUUUAAAUAAUCACUAAGAUACAGAUGUUUUUUUUAACAUUUGUUGCCAGAGACAAACUCAAGUCUCUUCGAAACGUUCAUUGUGAUGUUUCUUCUUAUACAUCUUGUAUCACACGGAGGAGGUUAUUAACUACUUUUGAGUUUUAUUGUGUAAAGACAGAAAAACAAUCACGGGAUGUUUCAAAAAAGGAUUUAAUGGUCAAACUUGUGUUUUCAUAAUACAGGUCGAUAUCGGAAAAGAAGGGAGCUCUUGAAUUACUCGCAUACAUUUUUAUUUCUUGAUGUCUAUUUUAAAAAUGUAGGAUGACCCAGUAGUUGCUGAUACAGUAGUUUAAGUUAAACUAGAAUACCAUUAUACCCAUUGACAUACAGAGAGGAAUGAUGUGUCAUAAUGUUAAUGCACAAAACUUGAAUCUAAUCUGCCAAAAAACAUAUUCUAGCCUACUCACAGACUUUAUAUUUGUCUUUUUAAACUGUAACAGAUAUUUUUGUCAUGAAUUCACCAAUUUACUUUAGACAAUACAAAUAUAACUACGGUUGUGUAGUUAUAUUAUAUAAGUAGUGAUCAGUUUUUGGUUGACAGUGGUUGUUUUUUAAUCUGACGUGAUGUAGUAUGUAUUAUAACUAGUGGCCAUGUCUGGGCACAUUUUUCAAGAAUUUACAAGAUUCUUUCAGAUACAUUAAAGCCCCUGCUAGUUUAAUUUUUAUGUAUAUUGUAGCAUCAAAUUAUUCUUGUGGUAUAAUAGGUUUUUGCUAAUAGAAACACUUGGACAAUCCUGGUGAAAAUUGGUGCAGUUUACUGUAUGUGGCUUUAAACCCAUUAAAACAAGUGUUUCAGUAGACCAUUUUUAUACCUUACCAUUUCACUAGAAUUAGCUCUUUCUGUGGUCACGUUGUAUGUUUUAUCCAUGAUAACAAAAUAAACUUGUUUUAGUUUUUUUCCUUUGUA